AUGGCGACACGGCUGCUUCGCUUGAGUGGGUUGUUAAGGGUUGCUGGUCCUCGGGCCUUCUCUACCAAGGCCAGUCCUCUGCAAACUGAACAGCAUGGCACAAAGCGCCCAGAACCAUCUUCUGCUAAAAGCUUGAUUGAUAUAGGCACUCGGAGGAUCUUCUCGUCAGAUCAUGAUAUCUUCAGAGAGAGUGCCAGGAAGUUCUUUCAGGAAGAAGUGCUGCCUUUCCACGCAGAAUGGGAGAAGGACGGCCAGGUGAGCAGGGAGGUCUGGGAAAAGGCAGGACAGCAGGGUUUGCUGGGCGUUGCCAUCGCUGAAAAACACGGAGGCAUCGGAGCAGAUAUUCUCUCUUCAGCUGUGGUCUGGGAGGAGCAGAUGUAUGUUAACUGUACAGGCCCAGGCUUCAGCCUUCAUUCAGAUAUCGUCAUGCCUUACAUUGCAAACUACGGCUCUGAAGAACAGAUUAAACACUUUAUCCCUAAAAUGGUUGCAGGCAAGUGUAUUGGAGCUAUUGCCAUGACAGAACCUGGGGCUGGCAGUGACUUGCAGGGAAUACGAACAUAUGCAAAGAAGGAUGGGAGUGACUGGAUUCUUAAUGGCAGUAAGGUGUUCAUCACUAAUGGUUGGAUGAGCGAUGUGGUAAUUGUGGUUGCGGUUACAAACCGGGAGGCCCGAUCUCCUGCUCAUGGGAUCAGCCUUUUCCUGGUGGAAAACGGAACAAAAGGUUUCAUCAAAGGACGCAAGCUGCACAAAAUUGGCCUGAAAGCUCAAGAUACAGCAGAGCUGUUUUUUGAAGACGUGCGGUUGCCAGCCAGUGCCUUACUUGGAAAAGAGAACAAAGGCUUCUAUUACCUGAUGGCAGAGCUCCCUCAGGAAAGACUGUUAAUUGCUGAUAUGGCUCUUGCUGGCUGUGAAUUCAUGUUUGAAGAAACAAGGAAUUAUGUGAGGCAAAGAAAAGCUUUUGGGAAGACAAUUGCACACUUACAGACAGUACAGCACAAGUUGGCAGAAAUGAAAACACAGAUUUGCGUGGGCAGAGCUUUUAUGGACAACUGUUUGCAGCUGCAUGCAGACAAACGCUUGGACUCUUCCACAGCUUCCAUGGCGAAGUAUUGGUCUUCUGACCUCCAAAACAGCAUAGCCACUCAGUGCGUGCAGCUGCACGGAGGAUGGGGGUACAUGUGGGAGUAUCCAAUCGCAAAAGCUUUCGUGGAUGCCCGUGUUCAGCCAAUCUAUGGUGGUACCAAUGAAAUAAUGAAAGAGCUUAUCGCUAGAGACAUUGUCAGUGACAAGUAGGGCAGAUGCUUACUACUUUGGAAAGCCUUCCAAAAUCCUUUUGUAUUAAUAUAUAUAUGUAACAAAUCAGACAUCAGGAUGUAAGUAAA